GAAGGGUGACCUCUCUGCAACACGCGCCCUGUGCCGCAAAGGGGUGGCUAUCGCGACUCUCGCGCGCAGCUUAAAUAUUUAAACAACUUAUAACAACUCCGCACACAAACAGCAAUUAAUCCUAAUGCCAUUCAUUAGUGACACGCUUCUUCUACUUUUCAUUCGUUUUAAUUGUUUAAACAAAAAUAUAAACAAAUAACUUCAGUGUGAAAUAAUUUGAUCAACUAUUAAAGCGCAUAUAAACUGUCACCGGCGGCAAUUUCGAUAAUUGAUUUUAAAGUUUAAUUUAUUUUGUGCAAUCACUACUGUCAAAGCGUCACCGGGAUAAAUUUGAACGCAUAUUGUGCAAUGCCAGGGACAAAAACGCUGCUCGGUUUAAUUUCACUUAGUGCCGACUUUGACAAGCGAGCUGGGAAACAUUAAACGCUCAUUAAAUAAAAUCUCCGAAUUUGAAUUUUAAAUAAAUGGUGAUUACAAUGCAAUAAACGCGAGUCAAAAACGUGUGCGCAUAAUUCAUUUGGGGAUUACACGGAUUAACACCGAUAAAAUAUUAAUUCGCUGCUUAAUUGAAGCAAUCGCGAGCGAAAAUGAAGCUGUUGCUGAUUUUCGCAAUCGCCGCGUGUUUCACGAACGCGCCGGCGAUGCGGAACCGCGAAAAUAAAGGCAAAAAGGACACGUCGCGCACGAUCGCCUCCAUCAAUCUGUGCGUGAGCGAAGAACCGGACGCCCCGAUCCACUGCUUCUGCGACGGUGGCGGCGGGCAUGGCAACGUCACCAACGCCGAAUGCUGGGUGUUCAACACGCAGCUGAACGCCGAUUAUCCCGGCUGGAGUUACUUCCUGCAUCAACCGCGUUUGAAAUCACUGCGCAUUCUGGUCAAGCCACACGGCAACCUUACAUUCAUACCGACGAAGGCUCUGGGCUAUCUGAAGGAUCUACACAAGUUCGAGAUGAUCUAUGCCAGCGUCGACGAGAUCCGCACGAAUACCUUCGCCAAUUUGUCACAGCUGGCGCAGCUGAAGCUCAAUCGCAACAAGAUCGGUGCACUUGCCGAACAGGCGUUCGCGAAUUUGCAUAAUCUGAAAGAGUUGUACCUCAACGAGAACGACGUGCAGGAGUUGCGCCGGGACGUGUUCGUCGAUCUGCCAGGACUCCGGCAACUCGCCAUCACGCAAAACCGGCUGAAUGUGAUCCAGGAAGGCACGUUCAAGUAUCUUACCAAGCUGUUGGAGCUGGAGCUCGCGGCGAAUUUCAUCUCGGUGCUCACCAAGGAUACCUUCCAAGGACUCGAGUAUCUGCGCCGGCUGGACCUUAGCAACAAUAAGAUUAAUAUGCUCGGGGAUUUGACUUUCUCUGAACUUUGGCUCUUGGAGGAGUUAUUGUUGGAAUCGAAUCAAAUCGAAAUGAUCACCGAUAGGGCGUUUGCCGGCCUCACCAACCUUCGUCUGCUGAACAUGCGCCACAAUAAACUCACUUUACUAUCGCCGAUGCUCUUUGGCGGCGUUCCCGGCAUCCACCACUUGGAUUUACGAUCGAACAACUUGGCAACGCUCACGGUUGAGAACGUGCGCCCCAUCAUGCACAAUAUGUACAACGUUAGCAGCAACUUUUACGUUGAGCAAAAUCAUUUCAUAUGCGACUGUCGCCUGGCAUGGAUGCACAGCUUACGCAACGCAACCAAAAACGAACGGAUACGAAAACAACUCACCAAUCUCGUCUGCUUCUGGGAGCAACCACAUCCGGAUGAUUUGGACUUAGGUGGUGUCGCGCAAUUGGACAAGCGAAAACCAGCGCACAUAACGCACGCGAUAAUUAUCACGGACAACUUGAAUCCGCGCGACGAGGACUUCGAGGAGACUUCGUACGACGUCGGCAAUGAUUACAACUAUGACCAUCAACAGGACAGCUCGUCAAGUCAUCGACGCGAUAGUCGCGUGGAGAUGGAUACAGAAACACCGCCGGGAGUUAGCGGAGUUGAAACGACGCGUGACCCCUCCGAGCGUUAUCUGUUUCAGAUCCCAGUCAACGAGUUGCCCUGUCCGCUUACCGAGCAACCCACCGAGGAGACGCUGCGGAAGAACCUCAACACGCCCGCUUACUCAGACAGUAAUUCCGGUACUUCUAGCCAUUUACAUUACUUGCUCGCGUUAAUUGCGGCGAUGCUCAUCGUGCAAGUUGUCUAAACGCAGUGAUUGGUAUUAUAUUUAUUUAAAAAAUAAGAAAAACAACUCUAAGCGGAUUCUGGAGAGCAAUUUCGUUUUCGUAUGAUAAUGAACGUCCAGCACAUACACAGUAUUUUCAGCCAGCGCACAAUUUGCGCGUAUUGUUGUGAUUAUUCGUAUUAUGCGUAUUUUCAUUGUUCUACGUCGAGACUGACGCAGGGUGGAACCCAGGGAAAAAAUAUAUUCACCGGAGCGAAAACAAUGAGGCAAUUAUCUUACGAUUUCUUAUAAAAUGCAAAUUACUUGAAAUUGAAAAUGUAAAAACAUUUUUAUUAACUUUUAUUAACUUAACAUAAUAUUUUUUUUGCUUGAAAAUCAUUAUUCCGAGCGGGGAUAAGUGCUUGUAACUGGGAAACCUCUCGAAAGUCAAUAAAACUAAAACAUGGCGGUAAUUGAAUUAAAAUUAAUUAGAGGUAACAGUAAAUGAAGGGGAUCUCGGCUCGUGCGCGUCGUGUAAUUGUAAGAUGUAUAAGAAAAUUGUUAGCUUGCACAUCCAGCUUGGAGGAAACAAGCAGGACCAGAGUUUGAAAGCACGACUGGGGCACGUGUGCGGAACAGAGCAAACAAUACGCCAUAAAUCUCACGCGAUGGUGGAGGAGCAUCCACAAGUCCGGAGCGACGUUCAAGCGGUUUUCAAUCCCUUACACCUAUACUCCCGCAACUCCAACCCUCCGACGUCUUCUAUUCCUAUCGCCACGCCAUUAUAAAGUGCUUAUUUAUUUUUAAUCUGAGCGGAUAGCAGGUACGCCAAUAUUUAUUCAAAAUAUGGGCCGCAGGUAAAUAUAUCAAAAAUGUCCGCAUAAAUUUUAUUACCGAGAGAUAAUUUUUUUUUUAACUUAAUCUAAAUAUUUGAGGGUUUCGCACCACGCGUCAGUCUCGCAUGGGAAUUGAUUUCUUUGUCGAAUUGAAAAUUUAACUAAAUGUUUAACGAAUUAGCAGAAACGAAGUAACUCGCAAUUUACCAUAUCAUUAUUCACUAAUAAACAAAUAAACAACAUUCACCAGCGCACAUACACACACCAACACACACAAAUUCUCAGUGUUUAACUGUGCGAUAAAACGCGAUCCAGUUGUAACUUUAAAUUAUUGUCUCGUUUCAUUUCGGAAUCCAUUAAUCGUAACCGAACAUGUAAUACUAAAUGGAGACUCGUGUUAAAAAUCCCCCCACAUACACACAACCAUGGAUGUUUGCGGCUCAAGUAAUUAAUAAAAUAAAUGUCAUAUUUAAUUAUCAACUUUAGAUAGUUAUCAUUAUCAUUCGCAUACAUCAUCGGCAUUAUAUUUCAUGCACCAGCAUUCACGAUUUAAGAUGAAAUUUGUGUAUAAACGUUUUUAUAUUUAAAAAGGGUCCUUCUAUGAUCUAUGGUAUUAAUGAUAAGAGGUGCUCACUGAUAAAUAAAAUUGGGUAAAAUAUUAAAACAUAUUAUGAACAAAAAAAAAAUUUUUUUCAUUUUUAAUAUUUUACCCAAUAAUAAAUUCUAUUAGAUCUCAUGAAUAUAAUGCUCAGAGCAUAAAUUUGUUAAAAAUAAAUAAUGUAAGACUAAAAAAACAUCUUUUACAAAAACUGUUUGAUUCAUGAGUGUCCAAUACAAUUAACUGUAAACUUUUGCAAUAGCAGACGUUGUGUCACGUCGAUGAAUGGUCGUGCACUAAAGCGUAAAUAUUUUUAUGGCUAUUAAUUCUAAGUAUAAUGUUGUAUCGGUUGUUGAUUCUAUUAAUCCGAAUGCACCAAAUAUAAUAAUACUAACCAAGUCAUUUUGAAUGUACGACUACAAACUAAGCAAACUGUUCUGGAUUUUGUAAAAGUACCACACGAAAAUAAAUUACAUUUCAUUCAUAUCAAAAAUAAAAGCAAAAAUUACCAACAAAGGAA